ACCAGAAAGCAGCAGGAGGAGCCUAGGUGACUGGGACUCCAGCCAUGGGGCCUCUCUUACUCUCUGAGAGCGUCUCUCACCUGGGCCUGUGGGCUUCUGGACUGAUCUUGGUCUUAGGCUUCCUCAAGGUCAUUCGUCUGCUGAUGCGGAGACAGUUUUUGGCCAGGGCCAUGGACAGCUUCCCAGGGCCCCCCAUGCACUGGCUCUUUGGGCACGCCCUCGAGGUCCAGCAGACAGGGAGCCUGGACAAAAUUGUUUCCUGGGCCCACGAGUUCCCUCACGCCCACCCACUCUGGUAUGGACGGUUCCUUGGCUUCCUGAACAUCUACGAUCCUGAAUAUGCCAAAGUCGUGUACAGCCGAGGGGAUCCUAAGACCCCUGAUACAUACGACUUUCUAUUGCCUUGGAUUGGGAAAGGCCUGCUGGUCCUCCAUGGACCCCAGUGGUCCCAGCACCGCAAGCUGCUCACACCUGGCUUCCACUUUGACGUGCUGAAGCCCUAUGUGACGGCGUUUGCCGAAUCCACGAACUCCAUGCUCGACAAGUGGGAAGAAAAGGCUCGUGAGAAUAAGAGUUUUGACAUCUUUGGCGAUGUGGGUCACAUGGCGCUGGACACACUCAUGAAGUGCAUCUUCGGCAAAGGACACAGCGGCCUGAGCCUUAGGGACAGUAACUACUACAUGGCAGUCAAGGAGCUCACUCUGCUGACACAGGAGCGCAUCCACACCUUCCAUUACCAUAAUGACUUCAUCUACAAGCUGACUGCACAUGGCCGCCGUUUUCUGAGGGCCUGCCAGGUGGCCCACGACCACACAGACCAAGUCAUCCGGGAACGGAAGGCAGCCCUGCAAGACAAGAAGGAACAGGAGAGGAUCCAGAACCAGAGGCACCUGGAUCUUCUGGACAUUCUUUUGGGGGCUCGAGAUGAAAGUGGCAUCAGGCUGUCGGACGCUGACCUCCGGGCUGAGGUGGACACGUUCAUGUUUGAAGGCCAUGACACCACCACCAGUGGCAUCUCCUGGCUUCUCUACUGCAUGGCCCGGUACCCAGAGCACCAGCAUCGCUGUCGGGAGGAGGUGUGUCAGGUCCUCGGGGACAGGAACACCAUCCAGUGGGAGGAUCUGGCCAAGAUGACCUACUUGACCAUGUGCAUCAAGGAGAGCCUCCGCCUCUACCCGCCUGUGCCUCAGGUGGGCCGCCAGCUCAGCAAGCCUGUCACCUUUGUGGAUGGCCGCUCUCUACCCACAGGCAGCCUGGUCGCUCUGCACAUCUAUGCUCUUCAUAGGAACAGUGCCGUGUGGCCUGACCCUGAGGUCUUUGACCCCCUGCGCUUUUCCCCUGAGAAUGCGGCUAGACGCCACCCCUUCGCCUUCAUACCCUUCUCCGCUGGGCCCAGGAACUGUAUCGGGCAGCAGUUCGCCAUGAAUGAGAUGAAGGUGGUCACAGCUCUCUGCUUGCUCCGCUUUGAGCUCGCCCUGGACCCCUUGCGGCCACCCAUCAAGGUGCAACAGCUGAUCUUGCGCUCCAAGAAUGGCAUCUACCUUCACCUGAAGCCACUGGACCCAGGAUCUGGGAAGUAGCUCUGCCAAGAGUGGGGCCCCAGCAGCCCAGGCUGUGGCCUGUCCCUGGGCAUGGCCCCACCAGGCUGGGUUGGGGAGCAGCUGUGGCUCCCUGUCCUCGGGAGCCUUGUAUACAGAAGGGGAGUGGGGACCCGCCUAGACAGUCACCUCGAGGGUGGUGGCAGAAAACAUGUUUGUCUAUGAAUGCUUACCGUCCAUGUGUCCUAGAGCUGGCUCAUUUACUCAGCAAACAUGCGGUGAGAUCCUA